GGGAGUUUCUUUUCUAGUCUAUUUUCGUCAUUGUUUGGUCAGAAGGAGUUACGGAUCCUUAUUUUAGGCUUAGAUGGAGCCGGUAAAACUACGAUCUUGUACAGGUGAGUUUUUAAGCCAUGAUAUCUAGAAAUCUUCGCAAUUUCAGGCUAGUUUAAAUGGCCUUAUCUAUGUCUUUAAAUUUCUUUCCAAUUACAGGCUACAAGUUGGAGAAGUCGUAACAACUAUUCCAAGUAAGCUAUGAGUGAUAUUGGCGUAACAACAAGCUCAAAAUUAGCACACCAGAAGUUUUGAAUUUUAACUUAGCCUAGGAUCUAAUUGUGCUUGAGUUUAAGUAGCAUUUCUCAGUUUCAGAAUCUUCAGUCCACUCUGCUAAUUUGAUUAACGUAAAUCAAGGGUUGCUGUGUCUUUGAUGACAUCUACAACUUAAUUUUCUCAUUGUUUUCCCAACAGCAAUAGGAUUUAAUGUUGAGACAGUUACAUAUAAAAACCUUAAAUUUCAAGGUGAGUGGAAAAACUUGUGCAAUAAUGAUAUGUCAUGUUUAAUAUGUCAUGUUAGAUGUGAGGGAGGAAGCAUGUUACAGCCUGUAGCUGUGACUGUUUUAAUUAAAAAUAUUUGAUAUUUUGGUUAGUAUCAAGAUGAAGUUAUGUAGCAAAAGUCAGAGCAAUUGGGUGUUGGAAGAAUUCUGGGAUUGCCUUGAUUUUGCCCCAGUUAGAUCAGAAAUUGUGCAUGAAAAUUCUCACUACCCUCUGAAACAAUCAGAUUAUAAACAAAAACCCAUCAUGACUUGAACAUUUACUAUUUCUGGAAUUUUGGCCUUAAAUUUUUAUUCCUUAAUUUUGUUUCGAUCAGCCCACACUUUCUCUCUAAUUUUGUAUUUCUGACAACUGGAAAGUGCUCUGAAAAUCAAAUUACAUGGGUUUGCCCUUUGAAUGGGGAUAAUGGACUUGGGACAUUUAACUUUUUGCUAGAUGUAACCGCAUAAAUGCUAGUAUCAUAGAGCAAUAUAUACUGAUUUACAUUUUUUUCUUUCCUCAAACAGUGUGGGAUCUAGGAGGUAAGAUAAAUAAUAUGAUGGUAGUGACACUGUCUGUAAGAAAAAAUAAUGCCUGUUUUGUCUCUUAGGAUCAUUUUGAGAUUUAUUGUGAUAUUAACCUGUAAGCUUUGAUGAGAAUAAUCAACCUUUUUUUUUGGUUAUUUUUAGGGCAAACAAGCAUUAGGUAUGUGAACUUAAUUUUUAGUUAUAAAAGGAGUGCCCUAGAAUUUGUUCAAGAACUCAUUUUGAGACAAUGCUUGAAAUGUGGGACCUAUUGUACAUCAAACAAUGUAACAGUAAAGUAUUUUUUUAAAAACCAUCAAGCAUGCCUAUAUUAUCUAUCAACUGAAUUUAAUCUUAAUAGUAUCUGCCUCUUUAAUUUGAGAAUUUGUAGCAAGGUUGCUGUAGUAGUUAUAGCAGUUUUGAGAGCUGAUGUUCUGAAAAUCAUUUUGCUCCUGUCACAAAAUUUUCCUGUUCAUAAUUAACUUUCCAAGGCUAUAAUGAUUAGCAGUGUUAAUCACAUCUUUCAUAAUUCAAACCAUUUUUAAUGUUUGUGUUAUUUAUUACAGGCCAUACUGGAGAUGUUACUACUCUAACACAGAUGCUAUUAUAUAUGUGGUAGAUAGUAUGGAUAGAGAAAGAAUAGGAAUUUCGAAACAGGAAUUAAUUGCCAUGUUAGAGGUAAAACAUUUUACUGAUGUAAUGAAAAAGAUGUUGAGUACAGUGUAUUUAUUACAAGAUAAAAAAAUAGAGGCAUCUUUCCUGUUGAACAACAAAACUCCCAAUGCCAUCAAGCUCAUGUCAUAUCUGAACCUACUACCGGUACAUGGCUUAGCUUGGCAUGGAGUUCACUAAUGAUCAGCCAUCACAUCACAGAAUCAUUAAGUUUGAACUUUGUGUCACAGUGGAUAACUCAGAUUUUUCUCUGUCCCAUUUUUAUGACAAAUGCUUUCCUUGUUUGACAACUGAACUGAAAAAAAUUACAAUUUUUGUAGCCUUAGCUGAUAACAAUUUUUUAUAGGGUUAGUUAGGAAACAAUUAUGGCCAGCCACAGCCUUCAAUGGUCUGCACAGCAAAAUAAUGUGCCUCUUCAUUUUGUUGAACUUCAAAACCAACAAAAGGCAUGCAGAUCACUGAUUCUCUACAUGUUCUUAGUAAUUGAUGUACAAAAUGUGAACUUAUUGAAAAAGGUUUUACUAACAUGUAGUACUGGUAUUCCCAAACAUUCCCUUAAGAUGCUGUUGAUUGGCAAAAGCUUGAAAAGGUAAAGAAGCACAGUAGCUCAAAGCCUCAAGCAAAUUGUCCAUUUGAUCAAGGAAAAAGAGACUACUUAGUUAUAUCCAGAAUUUUGUUUUGUUCUGAAUGUGGCAAACUAUUUUUGUCAAGAAAAAGGGGCUCAAAUAUCCUUGGAGGCAAAACAGUCCUGAAAAAAAAAUGAUUAUUUCAUUAUAGGAAGAUGAACUCAAAAAAGCAAUCCUAGUGGUUUUUGCCAACAAACAGGUAAGUUCUGAAUUUAUUCUUGUGAUGCAUUCUUUUAAAAAAUUCAAACAGAGUGAUAUCUGCUAAACUCUUAAUAUUUUGGAAAAGGAUAGGGAUUGAGAUCAGGGUUAACCCUUUAACUCCUAAGAGUGAGUGGUAUCUAAUUUCUCCUUACCAUAUCAUCUCUGAAUCAAGCAUUAAGGUCGGGAGAAUAAAGGAGCUGAUCACCCAUGAAAGAAGAUCUUGAUUGUAAGACAAAUUCUCCAUGUUGGCAUCUUAAGAAAUGUUUGGAGAACAGUAUGGAGAAUAUGCUUACUGAUUUUAGGGUGUAAAGGAUGGAAAUGGAAAACCCUGGACCUGCAGUAAUUAAACACUAUUGGCUAGUUGUUUAAACAAAGUUUAGCAGUUGUUUAUCAAAACUUUGGUCUAAGCCAUUUUCAAUUUAACUGAACCUUUUAGCCCAACAGGACCAAAGGGACAGUUAUUUAAUAAUUGAAUCAACCCUCUUAAAGAGAAUCCCUGAGGCCCACUGAUUGCAUAAAACUGUGGUUUGGUUAGACCUUGUGUAAAAAACUAGCCCCACAGACUAUAUGUCUUCCUCUAGUGGCUUUUUGACCCUCUCAUGCCCGUUUAGAAACAUAAAUGUUUAGAUGAAAGGUUUGGCUAAAUAGAGGAUUUUUCAGGAUGCUGUUCUGUUAAACAACUGCUGAACCUUGUUUAAAUAGCCAGCCUUAUGACUCAUAGAUUUAAAUAAUCUGUUACUUCUUUCUGUGGUGAAAAUACUGACAUUUUGAAACAAGGCAUAGUGUUUUUAACAAGCAAUGACUUUCCAACAAAACUAUUUUAAGAGUGAUAAUGUGAAAUUUGGUACACUUCUAAGUAAGUUAAGCAUAAAAAAUUGUUAAAAAUCAAAGCCAUAUCUGAGUUUUUUCUUUUGACUUCAGGAUAUUGAUGGAGCCAUGACAGCUUCAGAGGUCUCAAAUGCUCUAGGUCUCUCUGCAUUGAAGAGUCGCACAUGGUCUAUAUUCAAAACCUCAGCUACAAAAGGAGAAGGACUUGAUGAGGCUAUGGAAUGGUGA